AAUCCCGUAAAUACAAUUUGUGACGCUUGCCCGGUUGCCCUGUAGUCCUUGCUCUUAUGCAGCAAGCUGCAAUAAAAAAGCGCGGCUAUUUCUUCUUCUCGCGAAUCUGUUGCAGGAAAACGAAACCAUGAUUAGCAUUCUUGCUCAGGAGCGGUUACUUGGGGCUACACUGGGAGUCCUUUUUACAGGGGCGAUUGUAUUUGAAAUAUAUAAUUCCAUUUCCAAUAUUCAAUCUCAGUCUCUUCAGCAUGCUCCGGUUAGAGAACCCAUAUUUGUGAAAAAAUCACGUUCAGAAAUGGCACGUUCAUGGAACAAAACUGUGGACCAGACAUUUGGACCUUUGAUAAAGUCUCUCAGUUCACGCGAAUGGUAGAAGAUUUUGAUGAGUGCUGUCUGCACUAAUGUUUCAAAUUCUGUGUGAUAGUUGGACAUAAAAUUCUUUGGUCUUGUAUUUGUCUUCUUGAAAUCCUGAAUUGUUAAACAGAUAUGCAUUAAAAUGUUUCCAGUGAACUCAUGGUGCUUGAAUAUGCGCAGCAAGACACCUGUUUUUUUUUUAGUGGAAUUUGCUUCCAUUGUGUGAAUGCCUGGAGUGGCGUUUCGUUAGCAAGCGGCUGUCUUCAAUGAAAUGCUCAUGUCGAUCGGCGCUUUGUUGA